GCCCUCAGGACACGGGAGGCAAGUGGCUCGCGCCGCACACCGCCGUCCUGCUGCUUGCUGUAAACAAACCGAUUUGCUGGAACCUUAGCGGGACAACUCACUCAGCGUAUACUUUUUUCAUUCACUUACAACAGGAACACUCAACAUGGCUAAGUGGACCGGGAAGAAGGUGAAUGUUGCAUUUUCCAAGCCUGACGAGCCAUCAUUCCUCAAGAAGUUCAAGGAGAGAGUGGGCUACAAGGAGGACCACGGCUUAUCAGAGAAGUUUGCAGUGAUGCCGGAAGCAACAGCAGAUGAUCUUGAUGAUCAAGACGAUGAGUUGCCCCAGGUAGUGAGCCUCCGGGCAGGAGACUUGACACAAGAAGAAGUGGACCGAUUACGCUCAGAAGGAAAGUUGGAUGACCUCCUAGGGGACAAAGUUGAGGGUGAGGUCCAGGGGCCAAAGCAGAGGCAUGAAGUUGAAGGUGAGGAAGCACCACCAGAUGGAAAGAUCAUCUUCCGCAAGCCAACCAAACGUACCAGUGAUGAAGCACAAGGGAAGAAUGGAAAGAAGCUGAAAAGUGAAAAAUCUGAGGAACCAUCGGAAAAUAAAUCAAAGAAAGUGAAAAAGAAAGGUGUUCAAAACAAGAAAUUGUUGUCAUUUAAUGAAGAUGAGGAAGAUGAAGAUUAUUAAGAACAGAACAGGACAUGGUGUGUGUACAUCUAGUUGCAGUUUGGCUGUGGGAGCAAGUGCAGUAAUUGUUUGCCCUAUAACUCCUAAAUACUCAAGACUGUCCAUUGGUACAAUCACCUCCAUCACAUUUAGCACCACAGCACUGUCUUGAAAAAUAAACAGUCGGCAUCAUGGAUUUCCUUGUGACUGAGGCUCAAAGUAACAUUUAUUGUUCAUAAUAGGAGUUUUAUAAUGUAAGGACCCCAGAAAAAAAAGUCAAAAUUUUUAUCUUAAUAAAGUCUUUGUUGUAA